GAUAUUGUGAUUGCCAAUUAGAUAACUAAGCUUGAAAGAAAUCUAAAUCCUCCUCUGUCUGAUCUCAGAAACCUCUCAUCAUUCAUGGUGGGAACUCUCAAUAGUGUUAAGUUUGUUUGUAGCUAUGGAGGAAAGAUUCUCCCUAGAUAUACUGAUGGGAAACUUCGUUAUAGUGGUGGAGAAACUCGUCUUCUAUCUGUCGACCGCGCUUCCAUUUCAUUUUCAGAAUUAAUGGUGAAGCUGUGUGAAGUAUGUGGAUACUCAUCAGUGAGUUUGAGGUGUCAAUUACCAAAUGAAGAUCUUGAUGCCUUGGUAUCUAUUAAAUCUGAUGAAGAUCUUAUUAAUGUCAUGGAAGAAUACGAUUUGGCAGAGAAGAAAUCAGCUACUCAAAUAAAAAUAAAAGCAUUUCUGUUUCCGUCAAAAUCAAUUAAAAAGAUGAUUUCUCCACCAGUUUCAGUUUCUCCUUCUUCUUCUUCUUAUGUAGCUGCUGGAAAAUACUCACCACCAUCAUCAACAACAUCAUCUCCGAUUGGCAAUCAAUCUGUUGUUAAUCCUCAUUAUCAACAUCUUCUUCAUAAUCAGAUCUCUUCUUCAUCAUCACCAAUGGGAUUUCCAAGUUUUCAUCCAGAAGUACAAAAUCAUCGUUACUAUUAUUAUCCUUCUUGUAUUCCUCCACACCAAGGAAGUCCUAGACAAGUCUACCUUGUUCAUAAUGGAAAUCACUGGCAAUACUAAUAAAUUUUCCAAUUAAUCUUUCUAGAAUUUGGAAGAUUAAUUAUUAGUAAAACAAAAAAAGAAAGAGAGAAAAAUUAUUUAUUGUUCUGUUGUAAUAAUUUUUCUCCACAGUAAAAUUUUGGGAUUAGGAUAUAGACUCCACGGGAUAAGAAUCUCCCGGAGUAUGAUACAACAAUAAAUGAAAGAAAAUAAAACUCUCUUGAGAUUGUUGAAGAUUGUAGAUGUCAAAAUAUGGAUCGCCACGUGGACAUAGGGAAGAAGCGAGAAUCCGGACUAAAGAUUCUGUACCGUGUCACGAAAAUCUUCGUCAGUGACUUGUCAAAUCAAGUCAAAGUCACCAUUAUUGACAAGUCGACGAGGUAAAAGCUAUGUGCGAGAUAGUGUCUCAUCACGAAGUAAGCUCCGAGAGGAACAAGGGUUAUGACGGAUCCAUGGAGUACCCUACAAGAUAUCCGCCACGAAGUAAAAAAGGACGAAGUAAGAUUACUUGGCUGGGAAGACAAGCCACGAAGUAGAUAAAUUAUGGAGCAAGAAAAGAGACAGGUAUCCCGACAAGCCCAUGUGAAGUAACCGAAAGAAGGGGGAAAACUUUAUGGAAAACGGUCUCGGCGAAGUGUAAAGUGUUACUGCGAGAACACGACGAGAUAAAAUGAGUUGUGUUCCAUUAGGGCUAGAUGGCCUAUAAAUAGAGGUCCUUGGACAAUGUAUGAGGGAUCGGAUCUUUGGAGAGUGGGAAAAGCUUAACCUAGGGGAGAUAUUAGGGUUUCCUGGUAUUCAAGAACUUGUAUCUUUGUUACUUUGAAUGAUUCAUCAAUAAGAAUUCUCGGUGUUUACUUUACUUAAUA